AUGGGCAGCGAUGCGCCCUUUCUGGCGCUGGCGAGCACCGCCAUUGAAAACGAGAUUCGCACGUACUUCCCCUACAUGGCGCUGUAUCGCCGUCUCUGCAGAGGCGGAUGGGAGCGCGCGGUGGACUACCUCUACCGUGAGUUUGCACCUGGCCUCACUGGCCCCGCUGAUGACGGCAUGGUUUCGACCCCGGAUUCAGUGGCGGGGGUUGCGGCAUCCAGCGCUGGAGUAUCUCUGUCUCAACCCAAGCGCAGGCGCAAGGGUCUCGUGGAAGAGCUGCAAAGAGGCCUUGAAGAGUUCACGGCGGCGACUUUCUCACUCGCUCAGCCACGACGGAGCGGCACCGUUCCUUCUGGGAAGCAAAGCGAAGUGCCUGAGAGCGCAGCUGCAGCGGUACCGUCGACCACCGUUGAGGCGGGCACGGAGCUAUACACCGUCACAUGCCGCCGCUGCAUCACGCAUGUCACAUCCACAUACCCUUGUUGGGUGCUAAAAGGCUACGUGGUGCUGUGGGCUGAGUCGGUGCUCGAAGUGGAGUGUGUCGCAGCAAGAGAAGUCGUGGCAGCAUCAUCGUUGGCAUCAUCUGUGGCGGCAGAGCCCGCACACGGCAAUACGAACAGGAAAGAUUUGCUGUCACAGGUGGAGCACAGUGGUGUGAUGGAUUUCCCUGACUCCCAGGCCCCCAAUGCCCCGCGCCCUCCUUUAAGCCCUCUGUUUUGCACUUCACUCCCGCCGAUGGGUGUGUGUCCGCUGCUGCACCAACUCACCAGCGCGUUCACAGGCACACUUGAUUGCUCAGCGGAGGGCGCGACUGCUUCAUUCACGCCGCUUUCCGCCGCUACAACAGCAACAGCGGCGCCUUCUUGCAGGCAGCAGGGCCCCAUUUCCUCAAGUGGCACCCUCCCGUGCGCCUUUACCUUCUCUAUGGCACCGGUGACCCAGACGGUCAGGCUACACAGCUUGAACAUUGUGAACAGCGACGCGGUUAGCAACACGCGCCCGGGAUCCUUUGUUCUGCAGUCGAUCCUGCAGCCUGGUUGGCAGACGGCACUGGAGUGCUACCCGCGACACAUGGUGCACUUUGGUUUGCUAGUGUACGCGGCGUGGCAUGCGAGCGCACAGACGUGGGAGAGCGUGCUAUUGAGUGGAAGGGCUUGCAAGGGUGCCCACGGCACAGCUGAAAACCCCCAUACUGGGGUGUUGCCGUCGCGCCGCAAUCAAAGUGGCACCGCAUUGCUGCACAAGUCCCGCAAGCGGGCCGCAUCACCCACACCCGAAGUUGCAGUAGCAAAGGCCGUGUUGUCCCCAGCGCCGGAGGCAGGCGAAGAGGUGCACCCCGCGUUGCUGACAGAGUUGAUCCCUCACACUGCGCACGACGCUGUCUUGAUUCUAGGUCUUGGCGGCAAUGUGUUGGGGCAGUGCCUGGAUGCGCUGCUGCCUGCCACUGUGCCACUGCACAUUGUGGAGGUGGAGCCGGCAGUAUUGCAGGCGUGCUAUGAGCACGGACAGUUUCCUGCGAUCGAUGCAGUAGACGGCUGGAGGGGUGAACUCGAUGCAGUGCGGUCGUGCAAGACAUCGAAACCGGCCUCUGCUUCGCACAAGAGAAACACCUCGUCCCUCAGCUCCGAAGAGGCGGCAGAGACUGCACCUGCUGCCACGUCUGCCGCGCGCCCUACUGCUUCGCUCGAUAUCGCAGCUGUGAUGCAGUGGGCGGCGGGCCUGAUUCGCAGAAGGAGCGCCACCCCAGCUGUGCUCAGAGCGACGGGGCAAUCCUCGCUCGGGCUGUUAGAGGGCUUAGCUGCGCCGCCGCCUGCAGUUCCCUGUAGCGCCAAGUGUGCGCCGCGUUUUCGACGUACAUCAGCGGCCGUGACCGAAGCGGUGCUUCGGUCGCAGCGCGGCAGACGCGAGUACGUGUGUUUUUUGCAAGAUGCCUACGCCUAUCUCCGAGCUGGUGCUGCAUCUCCCAUUACUUCGACAACAUCACGAGGCACUGCACAUCCUGUUGCCCCCUCUUCACCUCAGCAGGCAACUCCCACGAAGUCUGCGGCGCAUCCACGGACACCGUCAGCAAAGCGGGAAGCCACAAAUGCGGCAACUGUCGAAGCCGCACCGACACCAACACAGUACAGCAUGAUCUUCCUUGACUGCUACGACCCGGAUAGGGAACACAUGAUGCACGAAGGAGCGCUCGUAGAGCUCUGCGCGCGGCGGCUGAAGCCUGGUGGGGUGCUGCUAGUGAACGCGCAUGUGCUGCCAACCUUGGAGAACUUGCGCUGUGACUUCCUCGGCUACGGCUUUGCGACUGUGCAGGCGCUGAGGGUUGCGGGGUGUACGCAGACGGUGGUGGUGUGCGUUGCGCAUGACACGACAGCGGAUAGGGCGCCUGCAGUUGCCGAAAGACCGACACGCAGCACUGCUUGCGCACCGACUCUGACCGAGAAGCGGGGCCGGUUCACACUUCGGCAGAUUCAGCUGCUGGCGAAUGCUCUCAAUAGAGCCCUCCGUCUAGCCGGCGGUUCGUCAUCAAGCGUGACCGGUAGUGGCGAUGACACUGGGCGAGCUGAGGCAUCAGCUGCAGCUGCCACCUGUACCACACCCGUCUCCUCCUCUUUCUCCUGCACUACUUUUCUGCCUCACUCAGUAACGCCGGGGUUUUGGUUCGAUGCCGCGUGGCUGAAGUCGUGCCGCCGUGUUGCCACUCCCCCAAUCAAGGCGGCACGCAGCAGCUGUGAAGAACUGGCAAGCACGACGUCGUCACAGGCGUGCUUCAUUGACGUUGACCUGCGCGUGUGGGAGCACCACUUCUGA